GCUCCCUGUUUUAAACUUCCGUUUACUUUACCGCGAUUAAUCUACUCCCCUCAAUUACUUGACCAGGGACGGGGCUUGCUACACUCGACACGCACGUACUUGCUUCCCGUACCUUGCCUCAGCGCCUUGUGACCCUCACGCACCCCCUGUGUCAUCUUUAGAUGAUAAGUCUCGAACCCCAGUCCGCUUCGGAGAUCCUUUACAUAUUGCUGUGGUCAUCAUCCAUGGAUCGCAUCCGUGCUUGAUACUCCAUAUAAACCGACAGCCUCCUAUCCGCCCUCCCGUCUGACCUUCGCCUUCCCACUCAUACUACUUACCUUAUAUACUACUAUGUAUUCCUGUCACCCAGGACCUUCUCUCAACCAUCUUCAUAUCACCUUCUAUGCCCAAUGGCCCACUGCUGGCAACCCCAAACGUCCUUUGCGAACCCGAACUGGGUUCAAGGCAGCCAGUCAUGCUGGCCCUCAUCGACGUUCCGUGACUUGAUGCACGCUUUCCCGAGGCCGAAGCACAGCACCGGUCGAGUGACGAAGCCCCGUAGCGCUGGGAACAGUCCUUCGUCUGGCGGCAGACGGCGGACAGCAACCAUCCCUCACGGUCCAUCGACGUACCAGGGCUACCAGGCCCCCGUCAAUGCUGCGCUCUUGGCCUCUGCACUUUCCGGGGCUGGUCGAGCUCGUCCGACAAGCUGGCACCCGUCAUUGGAACCGGUUCAGUAUCCCACUGCCCAGUACCUUCCUGCCACCACGGCAUUGGAUAACUUUGCCGCCAUUGGCGUGUGCCCUCAGCCACUGCCCACCGCGGCCGCCACCUUCCAAGACGGUCCUGUGCUACCCUCGUAUGCUUCGGAUAUUCCAUGCUCCGAUAUGGGGCUGCACCCCCUUGCCGCCGUACAACAGCAGAUGCCGCUUCAACAGUCCUUCCUGCACAUGAACGACUCGCAUGUUGAGCCGGUCUCCUGGGACACCAAUGCAUCGACCUUGCCCGCCAUGGCCGAGCCCAUGUCUGAUUGUUGGUCUUUCGACAUGUCAUCCAUGCACAACAGCAUCCCCCCAGCAUAUGUUGGUGGGUCGGGCUACGAAAGUGUACCGUCAUCCGGCAGUCUGACUCAACCCCCGACCCCUGACUUCCUCCCCAUUCAACACCCGGAAGACGACCUCAUCGCGCCACUCCCGGAAAAGCACAACGCCGAGGACGAGCUCGUCGGAAUGGGACUGUACAGCAACCCCGAGGCUUCGUUGGGGAGCUCACUCCUGGGACUAUCCGGCAAGGGACUGAAGUUGGAGGAGACGUUCACGCCGUCCGCAGACGAAACGGAAGAGAAAGACGAUGACGAUGAAGACGAAGACGACGACGAUGAAUCCGAGCAGGACGAAAGCCCCGUCCAGAACAACGGCUUUCCCGCCCACCAGAGACAGCCCGGACAACAAAAGACGUACCCUCAACCGAUGAAGGCACCUGCGAGCAUGAUGCAGCGAUCCUUCUUCUUCGAAGACGACGACCUCGAGCAGCACGUCGUUGCCGAGCCCCAGCCAUUCAUUAACAUGGCGAGUCAACCCUGUAUGAAUUAUGGCUACGGAUGGAUUUGAUUCCGACACGACUGUUUUUCUUUUUUAUCAUUCUUUUUAUCAUUACCUGCCCCCGUUGGGCAUUUUCGCUUGACCAGCGUCGCAUAGCGUGGAGUUUUCAGUUUUUAUUGGGCAGGCGUUGGCAACAACUUAGCAUACACUAAGGAUACCCAGGGUGGUCGAUUGGCUUGGAAAUGCAUGUAUUAGACCUGAAUGUAACAAACGAACAAGAACAAGAAUAACCAAUGAAUAUCUUUCCGAGAUGGAACAUGCUGA